GAGACUUACUCUGCUUGUUUGGUGAGUGUCAGCUGACCUCGCUGGGAAAAUUUGUUAACGAAACCAUACGAAACUAUCCACAGCCAUGUCCCGUAUCGGCGAUCAGUUUAUCGAUCGAUAACAGCGUGUAUGACAGCGAGUAAAGCAUGUGCUGAAGAUAGAUUAUUUGUCAAAUAUUUUACAUCAGUUGUACCCUUAAAUCGGAGUCUACUGAGUCGCGUCCGACACCAUGCUAGCCACAGUGACUGCUGUGGUUAGGUUUACUCAAUACAAUGGCAGUAUUUCACCUACACCAUUGGAGAACACAUCAACAUUCCCAACUUGGCAGCCUGAUACUGAAGCCAACAUCACCAAGCCUCACAAAUGUUUGCAAGUUCUGUACGAGGACAUUGGAGACUCCAGGGUACGGUUCUGGGACAUUUUACUGCUCGUGCCUAAUGUGGCCUUCUUUGUAUUCCUGAUGUGGAAGUUGCCCUCGGCCAGGGCAAAAAUUCGACUCACCUCCAGCCCCAUCUUCGUCACCUUUUACUUGCUGGUAUUUGUUGUAGCGGCGGUUGGAAUCACCCGGGCUGUAGUGUCUAUGACUGUCAGUGCGUCCAGUGCUGCCACCAUCAUUGACAAAGUGCUGUGGGAAAUCACCCGCUUCUUCUUGCUGGCUAUUGAGCUCAGUGUUGUUAUCUUGGGACUGGCUUUUGGUCACCUGGAGAGCAAGUCCAGUAUAAAGCGAGUGCUGGCUAUCACUGCAGUGCUGGCUCUGGGCUACUCUAUCACACAGGGUACGCUGGAGAUCCUGUAUCCAGACAGUCACCUGUCCGCUGAGGACUUUAACAUCUAUGGUCACGGAGGACGGCACUUCUGGUUGGCCAGCUCCUGCUUCUUCUUUCUGGUGUACUCUUUGAUUGUGAUCUUGCCUAAAACUCCAGUGAGGGAAAGAAUAUCUCUUCCAUCUAAGAGGAGUUUCUAUGUCUAUGCUGCCAUCCUGUCUUUACUGAACCUCGUCCAGGGCCUGGGCAGUGCUCUACUAUGUGCUGGAAUCAUCGAGGGACUCUGCUGUGUGGAUGUCACCACCUUCUUGUACUUCUCCACCUUUGCGCCGCUCAUUUAUGUCACAUUCCUCAAGGGCUUCUUUGGUUCAGAGCCCAAGAUCCUGUUCUCCUACAAGUCACAGGUGGAUGAGCAGGAUGAAAGUGACGUCCACCUUCCCCCCACCGUCGCUACCACCCUUGGCCGUAAGGAGCUGACUGACCAAGGCCUGUUUUACUCCUCCACCCAGAUCGAUGGCUCUGGUCCCGGCAGCUCUCGUAUGGUUGGAGCAUACUUGGAUGAUGUUGCCUCCGGACCCUAUGGGUCCAGCAGCAUUAACAGCACUGAAGUUGACCGCUGGAGACCUAUCAAUGUGUGAAUGAAUGAAGAAGAGAGGUGGUUAUACAGCUGGACUUAAAUGUCGUGCGUGUGAAGUGUGCAAUGCAGGGUGGCGAUCAGAGGAGUUGGUCGAAAACAAAAUGCAGAACAAAGUAGUUGGACACCAUAAACGGGUAAUCUUGGUCUUGCGUUGACGCCAGGAUAAGUUAACAAGUGGACACUCAAGGAGAGACCUUUGCUAGCCAAUUAUCUGGAGGACUGUGAAUUUAGCAACUGCUUUUGUAACACUGUUGCCAUAGUGCACUGCUGCUGUAGCUCCACACUAGGAGUACUGUCUGUGAUUGUGGCCCCAACAGACUCUUUACUAUUGAUUCUGUUCAACAGGCUCAUUUUCUGUAAUUCCAGCAUUAUGCAUCAACUGCUCAAUCCUCAAAAAUGAAGUUUUAACCCCCUUUUAACUAACCAAGUCUUUAAAGAUCUAACAUUCUUUUGAUGGCAACUCAACAUUUGUACAUUCCCGCUAAAAGCUUUGAGUAACAGCCUCUCAACUGACUUUGUUGCCUUGGAUUAGAUUCCCGACCCAACUGGCAAAUAAUUUUUUUAUCAUGCCUCUAGGGUCAAGGACCAGUACUAACUCAUUUUGAUAGGUGUACGUUGUCUAAUGAAAUAGGCACUGUCCCUCCUGUGAACAAGUGAAACGUGUUGGCGUGAUGUGUGUCACUGGAAUAUGAUAAGGAAAUCAAUAACUCCUAAAUAAAGGCAUUGCAGUUGCGCUAAAUCUCACAAACCAUAUGCAGCGCUCUCUGCCAGGAAUAGCUGAGACACAAGGGCAAAUCACAAAUUCUGUCUCAGCUAUUAGCUCGCUGUCUUUUGUUAAUUUGGGGCUUUUGCUUAAAUUUCUUAUACCAGAUUAAUCAUUCCUGCUACUGAAAGCACGUGUCACAUUGUUAGCUUCAUAGUCAUUAAGAAUGUGUUAUUACAUGUGAGAUUUGAACAACAAACGUGCAGAAACAUUUUUUUGAGGAGUCCAAAUAAACAUGCCCUCAUUCCAUAUCGGCAUAUCUUGUUCAGUUCUGCGUGGAGUGAAAGGUUUUCUGUUGCAAAGUUUUUAUUUCUCUGCCUAUCUUUUUUUUUUCCCUGUGCUCAUAUUUUCCACAAAUGUUAGUGUGUGCUCAAAAUAGACCAUAAACAAUAUUGCAGAGGUGUAUGGUAUCAAAUUAUAGCAUUGAUAGAGUUUAAUUCUAUAGCACUGACAGUUGGUAUGUCGACAAUGGGUGCUCUUAAGACAGUGUCAAGGAGAAAACAACUGGACUGUCGCAGAGCAAAUUCUCCAAUCUGAACUAUUUUAGGCAUGAGUUGUCCUUGGUUCAGAUCAUGAAAUCAGUUCUUGUCAUACCACUUAGUAUUAUUAAAAUAUCAUACUUUUUUGUUUUAAAACCACCACACAUCACAUUUACUUAUUCCUACCAAGGAAAUAUGAUGCAUGUGAGUAACCCCAUGGAAAUACUUUGUUUGGUUUGAAUGGAUUACAGUAUUUAAGCUAGCAGAAAUCAUAGUAGUGGUGACCUCAAUGCAGAAAACGCAUCCAGUUGUUUUUUCAUCAUUUUAAAGCAAUAAGGAAGUUGUGAAUUUCCAAGAAAUUACAGUGUUCUCCUGUAGACUAGUAAUAUAUAUUUAAAUUUGAUUGCCACUGAUAACUGCUGUGUAACGUGGGGUUAAGAAUAGUGAUUGGAAAAUCAGUUUGCUGAUUCAUGACAGUUGACAAGGUGCAUCGUUAUGGAAGUCCUCUCUCUUGAUAGACAAUUUUUUUGAUGGUAAUCAUUUUGCAAAUGAUCUGUAAAUUGCCUUUUUAUUUAUGUGCAUUGAUUGUAUAAUAUUCAGCCCAUAUUAAUGCACUGUAUUGAGCAUUCCGUGACCUACAGAAUAAACCCUGGACUUUCA